CAACCCCUUUCAUAACCGAAGAAGACCGAUCCUUCUCAUUCCAAAGAAUAAAUCCUUUCUUUCCUUCCUUCUGCUGUUGACCUCAAAUUCGCCAUGCCAGCCAUUGCAGAGACAACAUGCUAUAACCUCUCAAAGUUCAGAGCGACCAUGAAAUCAUUCCGUGUUUUGGACGACAACAUCAUGUUGCGCCUGAACGAGACCAAUACUCAAACAGAAGCCGCAUGUGCAAGCUUCUUCAACGAAUUGGUUGCAGCCUAUCAGAAGCGGGAUGCUAGCAUCAAGUUCUGCUUGGAUGUCAUGGAUAAGAACAUUGCUGCAAAGAAGGAGAAGUUGUACCAGGACCCUGAUGACUAUACACUCAAGGAUAGCAUCAUGACGGAUGAAUCCAAGCGUCAAAUCAUUGCCAAUGAGAGCGUGGUUGAAGAUAUUGUACGUGGUCGUUCACUAAAGGCAUUCCAAGAAAAGUGUGCGCUCUUUGAUUUGCCAGAAAACAUUCAAGAAUUCCUGGACAAGAGGCAUGGAUAGAAAGGACGCGUAGAUUAAUAUUUUACUUAAAGAAGAUACUUUGUAUACUGGACCGGAUAGAUAUGGCUUGGAGUAUCCCUGUUGCUCCGUGCUUCAAUAAAGGAUUCUCCGGCAAAGUAUGAAAAAGGA